AUGUCGUACUCUCGAAACUUGUCGAACGAAACAAAAAUAGCUCUUGAAGAAAUUGCGCACUUAGAAGUCUUGAGAGCUUUAGAAGAAGCAGAAAUUAGAGCUGUAGGGAAUCGGCCUAGGCAAUAUUAUAAUGCCCAAAAUGUUAUAGAAGAACUAUCUGAUCAUCAGUUUCUGAAAAAAUUUAGGCUUACUAAGGAAUUGGUUCAGGAGUUACAAAAUGUAUUAACACCGUACAUGAUUGAACCAAGUAGAUUAUCUUUAAUCUCAAUUAAGAUAAAAGUUUUGACAGCUUUGCGAUUCUUUGCUAGUGGCUCGUAUCAACUUGAUAUUGGUGACAAUAGAUCAUCAGCAUUAAGUCAGUCAUCUGUGAACAGAUGUAUCGCUGAAGUAUCAAAUGCUCUAAAUCAACUGGAAAUUAUUAAACGAUAUAUAAGCUUCCCUGAUAGUUUUAAAAAAUUUAAUGCAGUGCGUAGAGGAUUUCUUGAUAAAAAAGGAGUGCCUGGGGUCAUAAUAGGGACUAUAGACUGUACACAUGUUGCCAUAUUCCCACCUCCUUCAGAAGUAUUAUAUCCUGAACACAUUUAUGUGAACCGCAAGGGUUACCACAGCAUUAAUACACAAUUAAAAAUAAUUSUGGAUCUUUUAAUCAUAGUAUACUUGUUAUUAGAAGUUUCAGGAUACCCACUUAGACCUUGGCUCCUAACACCAUUAAGUGAUCCUAUUCCUGAUACACCUGAUUCUUCAUUUAAUAAGUGGUUGACUAGUACACGAUUGACCAUUGAAAGAUAUGUUUAUUAA